CCAUUCUCUGCAUAUUUGUGCAGCUAUCAUGGCUUGUGCACCAUAGUGGGUUGUGCCUUAUCAGCUGGGGCCGAUCAACUGACCAACCAACUGCAAGAGGACAAGACAGAAGAAGCCCAAAUAUGGUGCCGCUCACAGUCCCGAUGUUCCAAUUGCUCUUGAGAUGUCUGCUCUCCGCUCUGUUGGGACCGGAUGGCCAACAAGCAACCCCGCUGACCCGUCGGGCUGCGGUCCGGCUGUCGGCGCUUCGGAAGCUGGGGCCCUUGGACCCUCUCUGUGAUCAGCGAGGUCGCGAGCGCAAAUUUUGCCAGCGAGAACUUCGGCCAUCCUGGGAACCAAAAGCAGGUGGCGUUAGAGGCGAGCCUCGCCCAAAGUGCAGUAGCCUCACGGGAGGUCUCAUUUCUCCGGGGAGGAGUGCAGCGGGCAACGAAUCAACUUCUGCGGCUGAUCUGGGCACCGAGGUUGAGACAUUAAUUGACACGCCAGCAAUUUGUCCCAAGGACCGGCUCCCACACUGCGACAAGGAUUUCCUGGAUGCUGGAGUGAGGUUGAAGAUGGACGAAGAGUGUCUGAACGGGCCGCAGAGGCUAGUCGCCGAUGGACUGAUGACCCAGAAAGAAUGCGACGUGCUGAUAAAAUUUGGUGCGGCCGGUUUUCAUGGCAACGGCCAUUACGGUGAUCCCCACCCGAUGACUAGAAAGGAACUUUUUGCUGGCUUCCGCACCAUGGACCUCAUGGGGGAAUUGAAAAACUCCGAAGAGAUCGCCACCGCCAUGACGGUGAUGCUGGCAGCAUCGGACAGGGCUCGUCUCUACAGUGAAGCCUACUUCAGACUGAAAAGAAGACUCUACAUGCACCUUGUUCAGACGAAUUGCAGGACUGCAGAGCAAGAUUCGACCACCAACAGGACUGAUAUGAGUCACCCGAUCCACGCGGACAACUGUCAGUACCAGGACAAUGCCAGCUGCCCAGCGUUGAACUGGGAUUUCAGUUGGCGCGACUUCAGCGCUGCCGUCUACCUCAACGACGAUGCUCACGGUGGAGAGCUUGUGUUCGCCACGACACCACGGACAAGCAUCCGGUCCAUCGUCCGGCCGAAGUGUGGACGACUGGUGUCCUUCAACAGCCGAAAUCCCCACGGUGUCCUCCCCGUGUUCUCCGGCCGUCGGUGCGCCCUGCUUGUGUGGAUGACGCACACCAGGGAGCAGCAAGAAGCGAGUAGGAUCGCAACAGAAAAUAUUCUGGGUUAUAGCGUAGCUAACAGCAGCCACCGAUACGUCUAGCGCUUACAAUGCCCCUGCUUGCAAGAGUUCGGCUGUCCAUGACAAUACUGUAUCUUUGUUGGCGUCAUCGACGCUGGACACGUCAACAACUCUGAACCUGACUUUGGUGUAUUUUGUUAUACCUUUACUUUUUCAAUCAAUAUGGCAAAUAUCGCACAUUUUGGUAUAUGUCGCUGCCUUUCUUGGAAGCAGCUAACAGUAUGUCUACCAUCUGCUAGACCAUCUUAGGUUCAUUAAAUGGGCUGAGACAUGAUUG